GGCCGUUGCUUAUGAUCUUCUCUUGGGCUAAGGUCUUCAAGGACGCAGCAAGACCGACUAUUAAGAUGUCUCGACGUUCUCUCUCUACUUCUCCGCCUGCGCGAGAGGCCAAACGCCCUAGACUGGAUCAUCUCACCUCCGAAGACUUCAAGCACGGUGUGGUCUUAGCACCUAUGGUUCGUUCCGGUGCCUUGCCGACACGACUGUACGCGCUAAAGCACGGGGCGAAGCUGGUCUGGGGGCCGGAGAUAGUCGAUAAAGCUAUUCUGCAUGCUGAGAGGGUGGUGGAUCCCGCGACCGGCGUCGUCUCAUAUAAUGGGAAAUCCAAAGCGAUGUUCACCACACAUCCCGUCGAAAAACCCUACCUGAUCUACCAAAUCGGCUCAGCGGACCCGGACACUGCGCUCCAAGCAGCCCAGACGGUGCUACAAGACGUGUCUGGCGUUGACCUCAACUGCGGCUGCCCGAAACCGUUCUCCACACAUGCUGGGAUGGGUGCUGCUCUCCUCUCGACCCCCGAUCUGCUCUGUUCUAUCCUCACCAAGCUACGGCAGAAUCUCCCGGAACAUAUAACCGUGUCAGCGAAAAUAAGGUUGUUACCCGACCAGAAGGAUACUCUUGACCUCGUGAAGAAGAUAGUUGAUACGGGGAUCAGCUGCUUGACAGUCCACUGCCGGACGAGGAACAUGAGGCCGAAGGAGCGCGCCCUGAUUGAGCGCCUGCGGGAGAUUGUCGAGUUUGUGGAGGGCAUGGGAAAAGGAGUAGCGGUCAUUGCGAACGGGGAUUGUGUGUGUUACGAGGAUGCGAAGAGAGUGCGAGAGAUCACAGGCGCACAUUCCGUUAUGAUUGCGACCGCGGCAGAGUCAAAUCCUACCUGCUUCGACCCCACACCCCUUACAGACCUUGAGAAGACCCUCGUACCUCCCUACAUUCGCAUGUGUAAAUACCUCGACAACCACUGGUCCUCCACAAAGUGGUGCGUAGCCCAAUUUAAGGGCCUGCACCCGAACAUCCCCAAAGCCGAGCACAAAGCCAUCCACGACGCCAUCGCCCAGUCCAAAUCGUACGCCGAC